UACUAUCAAACAGAAGAGGAAAUGUGUGCUGGUGUUAUGUAGCUAAGGAUGGCUAAAAUGUAAUUAUUUUUAAAGCAAUGAUAUAUUAAAAGUCCAGAUAUGGCUGAGUUUCCUGAACAAGGAUAUCGACGGUCGGACACCGGUUUAUGACUCAGCCUUCACCUCCCCGGCUUGUACCUGAGGAGCUGCUGAGGACAGUAAGGAUGCUGCUGAAGAUGCCCCAGAAGCUGCUGAAGACUGCCAACUUCAUCGAGCUGGGCAGCUACCAGCACUGGCCGGUGCUGAUAACCCAGAGGAUAAGGCUGUACACCUACGAACAGAUCCCCCUCUUCCUCAGAGAAAACCCCUUCAUCACAGACGGCUACAGGGCCCACCUGCCCUCCAAACUCUGCCUGAGGAGUAUUUUUAUGCUGUCCAAUGAGACUGUGAAUAUUUGGAGCCAUCUUCUGGGUUUCUUGCUUUUUUUCUACCUGGCGGUCAACGACCUCACCUCAGUACUGCCAGCCUCUGGAGUGAACAGAGAGGACUACGUCAUCUACGCUAUUGGACUCUUCUGCUUCCAGGUGUGCAUGUUAUGUUCUGUGGGGUAUCACCUGUUCUCAUGCCACCGAUCAGAGAAGACCUGCCGCCGCUGGCUGUCGUUGGACUACGCAGGAAUCUCUGUCGGCAUCCUGGGCUGUUACGUGCCUGGGAUCUUCUACGCUUUCUACUGUAACGCUUUUUGGCGACAGUUGUACCUGCUGACGGUGCUGUCGCUGAUCCUGGCCGUCUUCUGCGCUCAGGUCCAUCCUCGUUACCUCAGCAACGACUGGAAACGGAUACGAAUGGCUAUCUUCUGCUGCGUGGCCGGCAUCAGUGUUGUUCCCUCCUGUCACUGGGUCGGGCUCAAUGGUGGAUUAUCCACUGAUGUUGUACAGUUGUUCCUGCCUCGCAUCCUAGUGAUGUACCUCAUAGCUGGAACUGCCUUCCUGUUCUACGUCACCAAGAUCCCUGAGCGCUAUUUCCCCGGCCAGCUGAACUACCUGGGUGCCAGCCACCAGGUGUGGCACGUGCUGGUGGUGUUGAUGUUUUACUGGUGGCAUCAGACGGCUGUUCACAUCAUGCAGUUCAGGCACAGCCGGUCCUGCCCCCGGACCAGCAGCAGCUAAGUGGAACUGAUCAAAUAAUGUCAUGUAAAGGCAAUCAGUUGCUGUCAGCAAACAUCAGUUAGAUCUUUUAAAAUUCAUGAAAUACUUCUUAACACUUAGCUGCAGGUUAAAAUGUGAUAGCUAAAGGUAUACCACUGACUACCAGGAACUCUCUGACUGUAGCUAUAGCUUUCACUGACCUGUUGUUAAAGGCCAGUGUGUAAUCUACUGUCUCAUACAGUAGAUAUUAACUAAGCUACUGUAAAGCUAUAAUUCUUGUAACCACCAUAAUAUUAAUGCAUGAAGCAAGAAUCCUAAUAGAAAAAAUACUACGGUUUGGUGUUUUUAAUUGAUGAUCAUCUUAUCUCAUGGUUAGUUUCUUUGUACAGAAAUAUUCCAAAAAACGACUAUACGGAUUUUUUUUAAUCAAACAUAAUAGCCUGUGUGAGCAAUGAUCAUCUGAUUGUGUUACAUCUAUCAGCUCCUAUACGAUUGUAUGACAUUUUGUGAUGAAAGCGCAGAACAAAAAUCCUGAAAAACUGGAGAUUCAAUUUAUGAACACUGUGAACUGUCUCUGGAAGAAAUAUUGUGUCACCACCUCAAGUAUUUUAACAUUUUGUUAAAGUUCAACAAUCAAUUAAUAUCUAAGAACAUUUGGGAACUUUAUUUUAGCCUUGUGUGUUGUUCUUUUUUGUGGAAUUUGUAUUUGAUUUAUUUCGGUGUGUUUUGAACAAAUCGUUACAAUGGCAAAUGCUGUAUUUAUAUAGUGGAAGCUCAUCUAAAUAACACAAAUACUAAUAGAGGUGAUUGGGAGUUUGGUUUCUGGAGCUCGCUGCAUUUUAAAAUGAAUAAUUUAAGCAAACACUGUUUAUUUUAAAAAAAAAUCAACCUGAGCCAGUAAAACUAUGUGCAUAGCUAGAGUAAAAUGGUUUUGAUUUUGAUGAAAUGCCCCUUUAACAACCACUUGCAUUGAACGAUAAAGACAAACACACAUUUUGCUGACAAUCCAGUGACGGUAGCACUUCCACUGCGUCUGAUAAGGCAGGCUCCUGCUACCUAAGGUCUGUCAUAAAAGCUGGGGGUGUGAAAAAUCCUCAUUAGUCUAUUUAAAGUUUUUUUUUUUUUUUAAAUAAGGCCAGUUAAAGUGUUACCUUAAUCACAUUUAUUUUUAAUGUUAAGUGUUAAUUUUUUUUUUAACAUUUUACGAUCACAUUUAUACUUUAUUUGCCUUAUUAACUUUGAGUGUUUCUACUGUAUACCCACGAACUGUUACAAUACGUUUCGGGGCAAUAACCCUCAGAAAAAAUGAUCAAACUCCGACCGAUUUCAUCUUUGCUGUUACACCACAAGGCCAGUAUGUUUUGUUUUCUAAAUGUAAUACAAUUUAGUGUUUGGAAUAAAUUAGGAAUCUGCUGCAGAGCUGGAAAUCAGGUGCUGAAAAAAGUGACUUUAUUUUGCCUUUUUGUGAAUGUGUGUUUUUAUUUUCUGAACUUGAAACCUCUAGGUAUCAAACUGCAUGAUCUUUUUGCUGAAUGAUCUCGUGAUUGUGUUUUCCUUAGACAUCAUUUGUAUGACAAAGCACUGGCACUGACUUUCAAAAUGUACAAUAUUUAUUUCAGUGCCUAUGUGAAAUUAUAUUUUUAAACAUUUUGAAUGAAUAAAGAAUGCUGGGAAAUACUUCA